ACUCCCACACCACACACACACACGGCACACGAACAACGUGCAUAAAUCCUCACAACUCUUUUCCACUCGAGCACUCUGCAGCAACCCCGGCUUUUGAACUGCUCCUCCUGCCUCGUCACGUCGUCUUUGUGUGCGCGCACGGCAGGCGCCCUCGCUAGACUCGAUCCACCUCGGCUUCACUCGAUCCAGCUCGGCUUCCCACUCCGCGCCCUACCUCGUUCCGUCGUCACUUGUGCGCCCAGACGACACAACGAUAGGGCCGAGUCUGCUCCUGUCACACGGCAUAUAAGGUUAGCAUCACCACCACCCAGGGACAGAUCUCCCCCACCGACAUUGCCUUCACACACUCGGUCAUCCGAACGCGUGUCACUUCGUGUGACUUUCAAGCCACCGCUGCUCUGUCUCUCGACACGUCCAAGCGCCUUCAAAGUUACUCCUGUUGUCACUUGUGUAAGGUCACUCGACAUUUCCAUCACACUUCCGACCGUGUCCAUCUAGCCUUCCGUCGACAACCGCAUAGCUGUCAACCUUCAAAGGACUACUUGCCAUGUCCCGCUCAUCGAGAUGGAACAUCGAUACCGAUGUCAGCCAGGGAUGGACUAGCCCAACAUCCGACGAUCGCGCCACGUCUCCAAACUUUGCGGGUCGGGGGAGUGCGCAACCGACCUCACCGACAAGCCCGUCCUCUUCAGUGUCGAUGCAGGGCGACCAUUUGCACAUCCCUCUGAGACGCAAGAUCUCCAACUCGUUUCAAGCCUUCCCUCCCUACACCGACCGAUCAGGCCGGCAGAACGGUGGCAGCGGAAACAGCAGCGGGAACACGAGCGGCGGCGAGAGGAUGACCUACCAGCCUCAAUCACCUUCUUACCUUCCGGUCCAUGAACGAGUGAGGUCAGAUUCAUCACAAGACCCUCUGUGGUCAACCACCGGAAUCAACCUGCGCAUGCUGUUCCGCAAGAAGGUCCUUGUCCGCCUGGGACUGGUUCUGGGCGUCAUCUUGCUCUGGAUCUGGUGGCUCAUCUCCACAUUCGAGUUCCAGAUCGAGAUGUGGUCCUAUCGCAAGAGUUGGAUCAAGGCCGAGCUCGACAGUGUGAGACCCCUCAAGGGCUGUUGGAGGCCAGAGAACAUCUCGCCAGAGUACAACAUGACCAAACAUCUGGCUGGCAAGAAGCACAUGCUUGCGGCCGGCCUCGGCUUGAAGCGCGGCCUGGCCUGCUUCGACUACGCCAGCACGAUCCAGCAGCGCGAGGACGAGCCCAUGAGCGAUCUGCUCUACCACACCUACUGGCGAUCCGAUCUCAUUCCCUGGGGCGACAGGCAGACCGCCAACAUCAUUGCUUGGCUCGCCACACAGCCUCUCAGCCACUCCAAGCUCAUCGUGUGGUCGAACGGUGCCGAGCACCUCCGAGCCAACGAGCAUAUGAAUGCCCUCAUCCAAGACUUCCCGGACAACAUUGAGGUCCGCCAGGCUGCUGUCCUCGAGAUGGCCGAGGGAACGGAGAUCCUGGACAUGCUCAAGGAGAUUGCAGCCGGUGGGCUGUACGACGAGCGAGCCUGGGUUGACGGUGACGCCGUGCGACUUCUGGCCCUAUGGUUGUAUGGUGGCCUCUGGUUCGACAUGGACAUGAUCCUCACUCGGGACAUGCACCCAUUGACGGAGAGCGAAUUUCUCAUCCAGUGGGAUUGUUAUGACAAGCCCGAUCUGCAGAUGAAUGGCGCCAUCAUGCACUUUGAGAAGCACUCGCCAUACCUCUGCGAGACCUUCCACAUCAUGGCCACGAGCCCUGCUCCUACCCCCAACUCGUUUAGCUGGGGAUCCCUCCUCUACUCGAGACUGCACCAGCGUCACAUUGCCGAGGGACGCGAGCCGUUCGCCAUCCUGCCGUGGUGCUUCACCGACCCUCGCAACUGUCGCAACGACAACCGCUUCCCCGACCCCUUCUACCCCGAUCCAUCGCGCCUAUGGGGCCUGCCCUAUGCGUCUCGUGGGGACCAUCGACGAUCUGGCCGCGAGUUGCACGAGGCGGCCAUGGACCACAUCUUUGCCAUUCACCUCCACAACCAAUGGUUGAAGGAGUUCCCACAAGGCGGCUACGUUGACCGCUUGAUCACCGGCUUCCGCAGCAGGGUCGAACGCUUGAAGAGCAAGCUGGCCAAGCGGGCAGUCGAGUUCUAGUACCGUGUCGCCACGCAGAUCCAAAACUAGCCACAACUACAAACAUACUUGCAUCCAGCUCGACCCGCAGCAAUGUACAAACAAAAAUGCAUAGACAUGUCUGAC